AUAUCAAUCUCUCAUAAACAGACUAAUUAGUGGUAGUGAAUAAGUUAAUUAUCUUUAGAACUUUGGUAGCGUUUGGUUAUUUGCUUUCAGUUUUCUAUUGUCUAUCAGUCAAUAUUGAACUGAACAACUUCCACGCCACACAGAAGCACAAAAUAACAGUAACAGGGCUUCUGUUUUGUCUACAAUGGUACAAUGGACAACUUUUCACAACCAAUCAAAUUCAAUUCUUUCCCUAUAAGAAGCAUGUAGCUUUGCUGUGUUCUAGCAAGAACAAACUUCAGAUCACAUUAAAAUCCAAUUAAAACAUGGCAAUCAAGACUUCAUUUUUGUUAGCUUAUGUCGCAAUAUUGUUGAUUUUAGCACUAGUGGCGAGGUCUGAAGCUGGUGGAAUUGCUAUCUAUUGGGGACAGAAUGGCAACGAAGGGACACUAGCUGAGACUUGUGCUACUGGAAACUAUAAUUUCGUCAACAUAGCAUUUCUCUCAUCGUUUGGCAGUGGUCGAAACGCAAUGAUCAAUCUAGCUGGCCAUUGCGAUCCAUACACUCCAAAUGGAUGCGUUAACGUGAGUUCUGAUAUAAAAUCUUGCCAAUCUAAAGGAAUCAAAGUAAUGUUAUCGAUCGGGGGAGGGGCAGGAGCAUAUUCAAUUGCCUCAUCUGCUGAUGCUAGUCAAGUUGCUACAUAUCUCUGGAACAACUUCUUGGGUGGAAAAUCGACUUCACGCCCUCUCGGCAAUGCAAUUUUGGAUGGAAUUGACUUUGAUUUAGAGAGUGGAGAAGGACCAUAUUGGGGUGAUCUUGCUAAGUAUCUAGCAAGAUAUAGCAAGAUAGGCAAGAAAGUGUACUUAACUGCAGCACCACAAUGUCCAUUUCCUGAUGCCUGUGUUGGAGGGGCAUUAAAAACAGGUCUUUUUGACUAUGUUUGGGUACAAUUCUAUAACAAUCCUCCAUGUCAGUAUAAUUCAGGAAAUUUUACUAGCUUUCAAGAUUCAUGGAAUCAGUGGAUUUCAUCAAUUCCUGCUAAGAAAAUAUUUCUUGGAUUGCCAGCUGCUGCAGAUGCAGCUGGAAGUGGAUUUAUUCCAGUGAGUGAUUUAACAUCUCAAGUGCUUCCAGCUAUAAAGGGUUCUGCUAAGUAUGGAGGGGUUAUGCUAUGGUCCAAAUAUUAUGAUGAUCAAACUGGUUAUAGUUCUUCUAUUAAAAGCCAUGUCUAA